AUGGUAGAAGUGUUGGUUACCAUGCAAGACAAGAACCUAAUCACAUGGCGACAACCUUUGCAAUCGGAUCUCAGGACCAGAGACCCCAACCAGUAUUAUCAGUUUCACAAGACUAAUGGUCACAGUAUGAAUAACUGUUACCAGUUGAGAAAUGAAAUAGGAAAACUGAUCAAGUGGGGCCAUUUGAAAAUCUUUGUGAAGAAAAAGGCAGCGCUCGAAAAUAGGCCGGAGGAGAGAAGGGAACCCGUCAGGAAAAGGGUGGCGAGACUUGUGAAUGAUGGAUCUAGCGAGACCAUAAACAUGAUAGUGAGGAAAGAGAUAGAGCAACCCCUCCAGGCUAACAGAAAGAGAAGAAGAGGUGGCAAGUUAAAAGAAGUAGAAGUCAUGCAAGUCGCUGAGCACAUCCCAAGAGUAGUGAGCUUUUCAGUCGCUGACGGGGAAGGGGUUAGAAUGCCCCAUGAUGAUGCCUAG